AUGACUCUUGGUGAUGUCCUGGACAUAUACAUUGAUUUGUCAGGUAUUAACCCAACUGGAGCAGCUUACCUUCUGAAAUACUGCCCAGAAACAUUCAAGCUGCAAAGAGUGGCCAAAGCUCCAGAGUAUCUUCAGCUCCUGCUGGUCUUGAUAAAUUUUGUGUUCCUGUUUAACAUAGUUAGGAUUCUAAUGACGAAACUGAGAGCUUCAACCACCUCGGAAACCAUACAAUACAGGAAGGCGGUGAAAGCAACAUUGGUCCUCCUGCCGCUUCUGGGAAUUACCUACAUGCUGUUUUUUGUCAAUCCAGGAGAAGAUGACAUAUCCCAGAUCUUUUUCAUCUACUUCAAUUCCUUCUUGCAAUCUUUUCAGGGUUUUUUCGUGUCUGUGUUUUACUGCUUCUUAAAUAGUGAGGUGCGUUCUGCAGUUCGAAAAAGGUGGCAUCGUUGGCAGGACCACCAUUCUCUCAGGGUGCGCGUGGCCCGUGCCAUGUCCAUGCCCACCUCUCCAACGAGGAUUAGCUUUCAUAGUAUAAAACAAACUGCAGCUGUGUGA